AUAAUUCUCAACAACAAUAUCUAUAUUACUGUAUGUGGAAGCAACGCACACUACUUGUCCUUUUUGUAAUGUUGGUCCUUUGGUGGAGCAAGAAAAAAGGGAGGAAGAAUAGAGCUAAACGUGUCAAGUAUGGUCUACUUGUCAAGAGAGAUAUUUGGAGGAGUACUGAACUAAUUAGACUGAUCGACACCUCGGAAAGGACGUGUUUGCGCCAGCUCAGGAUGUAUCCGGCUGUUUUCUACAAGUUGUGUGCUCACCUUAGGGACAAAAAGCUUUUGGCUGACACAAUUCAUGUGUCCGUAGAGGAGCAGCUAGCUAUGUUUUUGAAAAUUGUUGGGCAAUAUCACACUCAUUCCUCUGUAGGAUUUGCGUUGUGGCGAUCUGAGGAGACAGUGAGUAGGUAUUUUAACAUUGUCCUACGUGCACUUGUGAAGUUAGCCCGUGAAAUAAUCUGCACUCGGUCUACAGAUACACAUGCUAAGAUCACUACCAACCCACAGAUUUUAUCCCUACUUUGAGGGAUGUAUAGGGGCAGUAGAUGGCACCCAUAUUAGGGCACGUGUGCCUUCAAAAUAUGUGGACAGGUUUAGGGGCCGCAAGCCAUAUCCCACACAAAAUGUCCUAGCUGCCGUGGAUUUCGAUCUUAGAUUCACGUAUGUUCUAGCAGGGUGGGAGGGAUCUGCUCAUGAUUCUGCUGUAUUGCAUGAUGCCCUAUCUCGUCCAAACGGUCUCAAAAUUCCAGAAGGAAAAUUUUAUUUGGCUGAUGCUGGGUAUGCCACCAGGCCGGGCAUAUUGCCACCCUAUCGAGGUGUUCGCUAUCAUCUACAGGAGUUCCAUGGUCCGAAUCGUCCAACCUGUCCAAAAGAGCUGUUGACCACCGUCAUUCCUCACUAAGGACAACGGUCGAGUGAGCCUUUGCAGCUAUUAAGAAUCGUUUCAAGAUUCUUAGUAAUAGACCUUUCAUACCCUUGAAAUCACAACCCAAGGUGGUUAUUGCUUGUUGCGUCAUUCACAACUGGAUUUUAGACAAUGGACCCGAUGAGUUUGUAGAUGACGAACCAACUUGGUACCACCACCUGCCAAGGAGUAGCAAUCGUGCCUCCGACCGAGAGAGUGAUGUACGCGAGUGGGCAGCCAAGCGUGAUUUGAUUGCCCAACAGAUGUGGAAUGAUAGAGAGAGAUUGGCGAACAAGGAUGCUUCAGAGAGCGGGAGUAGUGCUAGUACCAUUUGAAAGUACUUUCCUGUAGUACAUUUUCCUUAUUUAGCAGUUCCAUGUUUAGACAUUUUGUGCCAAUCUAGCUCUGUAAUUUUCUUUUCGUGUAUUGUGCAAUUGUACUUUUAUUUUGGAAUGUACUGUUGGGUAAUGUAUGGAUUGUUUGUUUGUGCUGAAACCCUUGAAUAUUCGUUGACAUAAUAGCAUAUUGACUUCUGACCUUCAUUUAUAGAAUGGGUGAGCAAAAAGAAGGUGCCAAGACUGAGGUUGCUCGCUCUCGUGAUAAUUACAUGUCAUGGAGUGAUGAUUGUACCAAGUAUAUGCUUGAGUGGUACAUCGAGAAGCAAAGGGACAAGCCACCAACCUUCAAGUGGAAGGCACAACACCAUCUACAAUGUGCUAAUGAUUUGAAUGACAAGUUUGGAAUUACAGCUACAGCAAAACAAGUUGAUCGACACUUUAGGUCAUUCAAGGAGAAAUGGAAGUGGAUAAAGCUAGCAAAGGAGAGGAGCGGAUAUGGUUUCGAUAAAGUACUUAACAAAUUUAACAUUGACAAGUCAGAGAAAUCACCAAGCAAGCUUGGUAAAAUAAAAUUUAACUACCUUACUCACUCCAUCAAGUUUUAUCAUCUCCUGGAAGAACUGUUUAGUGACUCGUCUCAUGCGGAUGGCUCACUAGCUAUUGAUGUGAAUGAUGCAAGUGAGAAUGUGGAAUCUGAUGGUAGUAGUGAAACAAGCAACCACACAUCCACUGCCGAACAAGGUCUUAGUGAUUCCGACAUGAUUGCGCCCAACAGUCCAGCUGAAGGCACUAGCUCAAAUCUGAAGCGCAAGCAUGUUAAAGCACCACAUAAGAAGAAACCAAAGGUCAAGGCGCGUCGAGCCAGCGUGUUAGAUGAUGAUGUGGCAGCGAGCAUUGUGAGUCUUGCUGAAACUGUGAAAUCUGCUGCCCCUAUUCAGCCAAUAGCAGUUACAGACCCCAAUGCCAAUCUUUGGAAACACAUUGAGUCGCUAACUAUCCCAGCAAAUGAGAAGAUUGAGUUAGCAGCCUAUCUUGCUAAGCCAGAACAAGAAAUUUUCCGUGGUUUCCUGAACUGUGCAAGCGUCCAGACUUUUAAUGCUUGUGUCCUUGAUUAUUUCGCGCACAAGUACGACGGCAAUGAUCGCACAGCUGCUGAUCCAUCAAUCUGAAUGACAUGUUUGGUGGCUUUCUUUUGGCAAGUGCUUUUGUACUCUACGUAGCUUUUCAUGCACUUAUGCUAAGUGGAAUUCCUGUGCCGUAAUGGUGUUUAGAGGGUCUUGCCUUUUGUAAUGCAUUGGUCUAGCACAAAUCUAAAUUAAGCUAGUUUGUAAGAAAUUUCCUGAUGCUUGA